GAGAGAGAGAGAGAAAGGGGGUUUCAGAAGGGUUUACUCAUCCCCAACCAGAAAACAGUCUAACCACCAUAGUGCUGUUUUGGACAGUCCUUUCUUGAAGAUCCAGGGGCAGUUAGGACUGAAGAAUGGCAGACAAGCUGCUGGUGGGAGUGUGUGUCCUGGUGGCAUCUUUGGGUCAGGUUAUAAGCAGCCCCCAGUCCAAGAGGGAUAGCCUGAAUCCAGAUGUGGUGUAUCCCUGGAGAUGGAAGAGUGCUGGUCUGGUCCGGGUAAAAAGAGACUGGAUCAUUCCACCCAUCCGUGUUUCUGAGAACAGCAAGCAGGUCCCUGAGUACCUGGUCCAGAUCAAAUCAGACAAGGUUUUCACUGGAGAGGUGAUCUACAAGCUGGAGGGCCCUGGGGUCGACCAGGAGCCUAAGGAUCUCUUCGAAAUAGAUGAUAAAACAGGAUGGAUUAAGAGCAAGAAGCCCCUGGACAGAGAGACUCACAAGAGCUUCACGCUUAAAGCCUUCGCCUUGUCGCCCAGUGGAGAGCGACUGGAGAACCCCACCACCAUCGAGAUCUACGUACUGGACCAGAAUGACAACAGGCCGACCUUUAUCAAAGAGGAAUUUGUUGGCUCUGUGCCAGAAUUCUCGAUCCCAGGUACGUCAGUGUUCACUGUAUCAGCAACAGAUGCUGACGACCCCAACACAGACAACUCAGUGCUAAGCUACUCCAUAACAGCACAGGAGAGCUUCCCACCUUUCAGCGUCAACAAGACCAUGUUUGGCAUCAAUAACAUAACAGGAGUGAUCUACACCCGAGAUGUGGGUCUGGACCGUGAUGUGGUGCAGUCGUUCCGGCUGACCCUGCAGGUGGCCGACAUGUCUGGAAUGGGUUUGACCAGCACAGGACGAGCCAUCAUACACAUCACAGACAUCAACAACCAUGCUCCGCAGUUUAACCCUAAAACGUACACAAUGUCUACCAUGGAGAAUAAAGUGGGAGAGGAUAUAGGCAGAGUGAAUGCUACCGAUAAAGAUGAGAAGAAUGGUGACAACUGGAGGAUUACGUAUUCCAUUAUUAAAGGAGAUUCUUCUGGCAAUUUUGCCAUUCGGACCGACCGGGUCACCAACCAGGGAAUUAUCUCUGUAGUGAAGCCCCUGGACUUUGAGUCACGGGCUGAAUACCAGCUCACUGUGAGAGCAGAGAAUGAGGUCCCUUUGAGUAUAAAAGCACCAUAUGAUCGGAUGAGCACUGCUACUGUCACCAUCAGGGUUCAAAACGAGAAUGAAGCUCCCCGUUUUCAUGCAAAUCCCAUAAAGGUGUCUGCCCCAGAGUCUAUUAAACCAGGAACUGCACUCAUCUCCAGCGUUGCUCAUGAUGCUGAGAAUUCCAAACUCAGAUAUGAAAUUAUUCAAGAUCCUGAGAAAUGGCUGUCAAUCAACCCUGAAACUGGAGCCAUUUCAGCCAGGAAGAGCUUUAACCUUCGCUCCCCAUACGUCAAUAAGAACAAAUACAGGGCAGUAGUAAAGGUCACAGACUUGGAUGUGGGUGGUACUUCUGUAAUGGCCCCUGUAGAGAUCACUUUAUGGGAAACCAAUGAUUUCGCACCUGUGCUUGUCCCAUUGAUUGGCAUCGUGUGCAGUAAUAGAGAGAGACACCGACUCGGGCUGUUGAUCAGCGCCGUGGAUAAUGACCUCGCCCCCCAUGCAGACCCCUUCAGCUUUGUCCUGGCUGAUAGUGACAUGGCGUCCAACUGGACUAUCAUACAGCUCAAUGAGACACAUGCAAUGCUGCAGCCUGUGAUAGAUAUAGACCAGGGGGAGUUCUCCAUCCCUAUUACUGUAUCAGACUCGGGUUCACCUUUACUCUCCUCCAACGCAUUGGUGAAUGUGACGGUGUGUCCAUGUGACAGGGCUGGACAGUGUAUGAGCGCCACAGCGGCUGCCAUUUUUGGAGCUAAAGUGGGCAUCAGCUUCAUUGCCCUUAUGAUCAUCAUGGCCAGUGUUGCCCUUCUAUUGUUGUUGCUGCUCGUUGCCGUGGCUGUGAGGAGCUGUACCAGGCGUGGUGUUAAGAAAGUAGGAGGCCUGUUGAUUGGCGAAUCAGACGAUGACGUGCGUGAUAAUGUAUUCAACUACGAUGAGCAAGGCGGCGGAGAGGAGGAUGAGGAUGCCUUCAACAUUGAUCUCCUGAGGACCCCUAACGACAUGGUUGCACCCCCAGGAUCCUUUAGUCCCCCAGGAUCUGCUCUUCCUAAAUGGAAGCAGCCACUUCGGAAGGAUGCUCCAUACAAUCUCCCCUCGCCUGCAUACCCGCGGAAACCUCGAGGAGAGCCCACCGACAUUGAGGAUUUCAUCAGUGAUUGCCUGGAUGUCGCAGAUCAUGACCCCAACGUUCCUCCAUUUGACACAGCUCUGAUCUUUGACUAUGAAGGAGAUGGUUCUCUUGCAGGCAGCCUGAGCUCCAUCGCAUCCACUGGCUCAGACGAGGACCAGGACUAUGACUACCUUAACGACUGGGGACCACGCUUCAAGAAACUGGCUAACAUGUACGACCCGCGUUAGUUACCCAAUCGGCCAUACAGAGUUUUAUUUCGAGCUUAUGUUCAUAUAUUCUUACCAAAACGUUCAGGAGAAACUGUUUCAACAUUCCCCAUUCUAUACAUUUGGGGUCGGUGAUGUAAGCACUACUGAUGUGAAUGAAAAGUGUGUGUAUGGAUCAUCGAUCAAGGAAUCUGCAGAAGCUUUUCAAAUUGGCCUCCGGUGUGUUCUUUUGAAAGGUCAACGCUGUCAUGUGAGAGACGGCUCGAGCUUUUUUUUUUCUCCUGCAGUGCCGUUAUGGAUCAGCGAGCCAUUUCACCACACUUACAUGACAGCUCGGCAUCCUCCGAAACAAAGGCAGACAGCAAUCAGUGCAUACUAAUAAGAGACAGAAGUGACAGGACCCAAGUUUCUUCAAAGGUUUCUACAGACACUGAGUUCAUAGUGAGCUUUAGUACUCUGAUACAAGAUGAUACUCUGAUACUGAUUCUCAGUUCCAUUUCUAGGUAUGACGAUUCUACAAAUGCAGAUGGUUUCCUUUUUAAACAGACGGUUUGGCAUAUGAAGCACGUCUCACGUAGUAUCAAGUGUCUUAAAAGAAUAGUCUGGCUAAAAAUAAAAUGAAACAAUUUCCAUUUGUCCACAAUUUGGUAGAAAUUCCACAAUUUUCACAAAAUUUAAUGAACCAGCUAAGACAGAGUGGUUUGCAAAGUUUGCUUCUAUAGUGUAGAAUUAAAGUGCAACACAAUACAGGUUUCACAUGCUUAUAACCUUCACUUUACUUUCUUGUUAAAAUUCUCUGUAAAGCAUACAAGAAAACACAAAACUUUGCUUAAGAUUACAGGACCGUGCCCACCGUGACCCUGAAUACAGGAUAAAGUGAUAUAGAUGAAAAGUGAGUGUCCUUUAUGGUUUUAGAUGGUCCGAAGAACCCAGAGAAAACUAGAGAAAAAAAAAAGAUUUGUUAAUAUAUUUGACUUUUUGUGUGGAAAUUCAUGUAUUACCACACAAUACAAAAAACCUAUUUAUAAUUGAAAUUGAGGUAGGGACAAGUUGUUAUACCUUAUUAUUCCAACACUUGGUGCGAUUUUAAUUAUGCCUACAUUUGUUUAGAAUUGUAAUUAAAUCUAAAUAAUAAUAAUAAAAUCAGGAUAUUGAUAAAAUUGUGAUAUUAACAGAUCACCUAGGUAUCGUGAUCUUAGAUGAUCCCUGGCAAAUCUUAUUCCUAGAGGAAACCCACAUGAACUAGUAAGAAGAUGUAAACCACCCAAUAGCCACAAGCCUGAGUUCAGGAUAGAACCAGAGGAUCCUGAAGACUAUGCACCACCUUCCCAUCUGGGU